AUGAGGUUCCUCUCUGUCGUUCUGGCCUCCCUGAGCCUUGUCUCGGCCAUCAGUCUCAACACUAGGUCGGAAGACUACGACGGCUACCAAGUGUACCGCGUCAAUGUUGGAUCCAAUGGCGAGAAGCUCCAUGAAGUGAUCGAGAAGCUCAGCCUCCAGACGUGGAAGGGUCGCGCCCUGACGAGCUCCGUGGUCGACGUCGUCGUGCCGCCGUCAGUGCUCGCCGAGUUCAAGAAGUCGACCGAGGGCAUCGAGACGGCGCUGAUGCACGAGAAUCUCGGCGCAUCGAUCGCCGCCGAGUCGGAGGUGGCUGCUGCCCCUGCCGCAUUCGCUGCCGCCGACAAUGACUUCAGCACCCUGGCAGCGCCGAACCUCACUUGGUUCAAUUCAUACCACCCCAUUGCGGACCACACGCAGUGGCUCAAGGAUCUCGCGGCCGCGUACCCAGCCAACUCGGAGGUGUUCUCCGCCGGCAAGUCGCUGGAGGGCCGCGACAUAAACGGAAUCCACAUUUGGGGCAGCGGCGGCAAAGGCUCGCAGAAGGGCGUGGUAUUCCACUCGACGGUGCACGCUCGAGAAUGGAUCACCAACAUGGUCAACGAAUACGCCGCCUACCAACUCCUCACCUCCACCGACCCCACCGUCCAAGCCUUCAAAAACAAAUACGACUUCUACAUCCUCCCCAUCGUGAACCCCGACGGCUUCGCCUACACGCAAACCACCAACCGCCUCUGGCGCAAGAACCGCCAGUCCACCCCGUCCGCCUCCUGCGUCGGCCGCGACAUCAACCGCAACUGGCCGCACUCCUCGUGGCCGCAGCGCGAGGGCGCCUCCACCGCCCCCUGCGACGAAGACUACAAGGGCCCGUCCGCCGGCGACGGCGUCGAGACCAAAGUCCUCAAAGCGCACCUCGACUCCAUCGCCGCGGGCAAGGGCGUCCAGUUGUACAUGGACAUCCAUUCGUACUCCCAGCUGUGGAUGUAUCCGUACGGCUACACGUGCAGCGGCGCCGUGCCCAACGCUGCGAAGUACAAGUCGCUGACUGACGGGGCGGUGGCUGCCGUCAAGGCCGUGCAUGGCACGACGUUUACGUCCGGUCCGAUCUGUAAUACGAUUUAUCAGGUCAGUGGCGAUUCGGUGGACUAUGCGCUGGAGAAUGCGAAGGCGACGUACUCGAUGACGGUGGAGUUGAGGGAUACGGGCAGGAAUGGGUUCGUGUUGCCCGCGGCGCAGAUCUUGCCGUCUGGUGAGGAGAUGUGGGCGGGGUUGUCGUAUUUGAUUAAGAAUAUGUAG